UCGGCGGGAAAUUUGAACCCAGGUGAACACGCUGCUGUGAGAACCAUGAGUCUCGCCAUCGGCUGCAGACUCUGCUUUUUUCCACUGGGAUUUGUACUUCUUGUAAAUGGGGCCUCGGUGCAGGAUGUCCACGUGGUUCAUGCUGUUGCAGGAGAAAACGUCACCUUGCCGUGUUCUGUCGGUCAGAUUAAACAAAAUAAAUUCAGUGUGUACUGGCGAUUCAAUGACAGCACGACGGUUUGUGACAUCAUCAGAGGUAAAGUGGAUUUUGAUGAGCAGCACCCAGUGUACAGGGGAAAAGUUAAAUAUUUACCACGAGAGCAAGUGAAAGGAGAUUUCUCCAUUCAACUUCUCAACGUGAACUCGGCCCAUCACGGAAUAUACACCUGCAACAUCCCUAACAUCGCUACAGAGAUUGUACAGCUCACCAUUGAAGAAAGAAGACCCAGUCUAAGACCAAGACAGAAGAAACUGAUUUCACACAACGGAGACUCCAGAGGACAUCCCCACAUUUUUAUGCUUUUCUCAGCUGCUCUGUUAGGACUUUUUCUUCCUGUGACAUUCUAACAGUUUUAUUUUCUAUAAGUAGACAUUUUUAUCUUGUCUCUACAAGAUGCAGUUGACACUGGAAGAAGGUUUUACAAUAAAGCAUUCUUUCUGGAAUCUUGAACAAACACUACAGAUCGUUCACAUAGGACAAAAUUAGAGAACACAGUGGAAACCUGCAUGGAAGUCAUCAUACUUUUGAGCGCACACACACACACACACACACAGGUAACUGAUUUUUAUAAGCCGGCAUGGUUGUGGUUCCAGUCUGCACGUCUCUCACACAUCUGAUGUGUACAGCUCCAGUCUGACCUUCUGCAAUCAAUUUCUCACCAGAUUUUCUCUAAAUGACCAAACCAAACUGUUUUCUGUGUUUCUCCUAAGUGGCUGCUUUUAAAGACUGCCUCUGUUCUUCCACUAGGGGGCAGAAUGGAGUAAUAAUCUCAGGGCUGUAAACUCAGCUACUGACAGAAUGUGCUGAUGAUGUAAUUCUUCAGUAACAAGCUGAAGAUUUAACACUGUAUUUGUGUCUCUUUCUAAAUGAAUUAAUGAGGAGUUUCACAUCAACCAGACCAGAGGUGGACAGUAAAGAAGUACAUUUACUUGAGUACUGUACUUAAGUACACUUUUUGAGUAUCUGUACUUUACUUGAGUAUUAUUUUUUUCUGGAUACUUUUUACUUUAACUUCACUACAUUUGAAAGACAAAUACUCUACUUUUUACUCCACUACAUUUCUGUCAAUGUCAUUGAGUAGAAAGUAGUUACAUUAAUCAUAGGAUGAUUUUUUUUUUCACUCUUGUAGCGUCACGUGUUGUAAAGUUCAGUGGUUUUCCAUCAUUUUUUGAACUCAAUUGCUGACAAAAUGGACGAAUAUAUGCUUUGUAUAUUAUACACCACCAACGCAUUGGUAAUGAUGUUAGUUAACACACAAAAACGUAUGCUGUGUCCAAAUUCUCAUACGAUGUGUCCUAAAUGGUAUUCAAAAAUAGAAUUAGUAUGCCCCAAAUCGUAGUAUACUGAAAAGAGUAUUCCAAAAAUUCCUGGAUUUAUUUCUUGAAAUUGUGAUGAUUAUGGCUUACAGAUAAGGAAAACCCAAAAUUCUGUGUCUCAGAGAAUUAGAAGUUCAAUAUUGGAAAGUCAUGGUGUCGCACCCUAAUCAGCUAAUUACCUCAAAACACCUGCAAAGGUUUCCUGAGCUUUUAAAUGGUCUCUCAGUCUGGGUCAGUAGGCUACACAAUCAUGGGGAAGACUGCUGACUUGACAGUUAUCCAGAAGACAGUCAAUGACACCCUCCACAAGGAGGGGAAGCCACAAAAGGUCAUUGCUAAAGAAGCUGGUUGUUCACAGAGUGCUGUAUCCAAGCAUAGAAAGUUGAGUGGAAGGAAAAAGUGUGGUAGGAGAAGGUGCACCAGCAAAAGGGAUAACCGCAGCCUUGAGAGGAUUCUCAGGCAAAAUCCAUUCAAGAAUUUGGGGGAGAUUCAGACGAAUCCUAGACAGGGCCUACAAAUGUCGCAUUCCUGCCCACACUGCUAAAGGUACCAAAAGCUGGUUCAAUGACCAUGGUGUUACUGUGCUUGAUUGGCCAGCAAACUCGCCUGACCUAAACCCCAUAGAGAAUCUAUGGGGUAUUGUCAAGAGGAAGAUGAGAGACACCAGACCCAACAAUGCAGAUGACCUGAAGGCCGCUAUCAAAGCAACCUGGGCUUCCAUUACACCUGAGCAGUGCCACAGGCUGAUUGCCUCCAUGCCACGCCGCAUUGAUGCAAAAGGAGGCCCAACCAAGUAUUGAGUGCAUAGAAACGAACAUACUUUUCAGAAGUCUGACAGUUCUCUUUGAAAUAUCCUUUUUUUAUUGAUCUUAUGUAAUAUUCUAAUUUUCUGAGACACAGAAUUUUGGGUUUUCCUUAUCUGUAAGCCAUAAUCAUCACAAUUUCAAGAAAUAAAGGCUUGAAAUAUUUCACUAUGUGUGAGGAAUCUAUAUAAUAUAUGGGGUUCACUUUCUGAACUGAGUGACAAAAAAUAUUGACCUUUUUCAUGAUAUUCUAAUUCUUGAGAUGUACCGGUACAUUUUUUGUUGGGGGUGGUAGGAGUGUUACAUUAAAAAUAAAUGAUUAUACCUGUCUUUUUUUGUCAAUUCA